AUGCGUGGAAAAGUAGCUUUUGAGGAGGCAUUUGCCUUGCCCCGUCUUCACGAGAAGACUCGGUGGUGGGCUUCGCUCUUCGCCGUCAACCCUGACAAGCACGCCCACGAGAUGACAGACAUCACCGAGACGCGCAUUCAGAACAUGGACAAGCACGGUGUCGGAUACACCAUCCUAUCGUACACCGCGCCCGGCGUGCAGGACAUCUGGGACCCCGCCGAGGCCCGCACCCUCACAACGGAGAUCAACAACUAUAUUGCCGGUGCCAUCAAGCCGUACCCAGACCGGCUCGGUGCCUUUGCCACUCUAUCCAUGCACGACCCCGCCGAGGCCGCGGCCGAGUUGCGUCGCUGCGUGACCGAGCUCGGCUUCAAGGGCGCGCUCGUCAACGACACCCAGCGCGCCGGCCCCGACGGCGACGACAUGAUCUUCUACGACGGCCCCGAAUGGGACGUCUUCUGGGCCACCGUCACCGACCUCGACGUGCCCUUCUACCUGCACCCGCGCAACCCGACCGGCACCAUCUACGAGAAGCUCUGGGCCAAGCGCAAGUGGCUCGUCGGCCCGCCGCUGAGUUUCGCCCAGGGCGUCAGCCUGCACCUGCUCGGCAUGGUGACCAACGGCGUCUUCGACCGCCAUCCCCGCCUGCAGGUCAUCAUCGGGCACCUAGGCGAGCAUCUGCCCUUCGACCUGUGGCGCAUCAACCACUGGUUCGAGGACGUCAAAAAGCCGCUGGGGCUGAGCUGCAAGAGGACGAUCAGGGAGUACUUUGCGGACAACGUGUGGAUCACGACGAGCGGCCACUUCUCGACGCCGACGCUGGAGUACUGCAUUACGGAGAUGGGCGGCGCGGACCGCAUCAUGUUCUCCAUCGACUACCCGUUCGAGUCGUUUGGCGACGCGUGCGAUUGGUACGACAAGGUCGAGCUGAAGGAGACCUCCCACGUAGCCAAGAUUGGCCGCGACAACGCGAAGAAGUUGUUCAAGCUUGGCGCUUUCAAGGACUCGGAGGCAUGA